AUGGUAACAGGUUCUAUUCCCGUCGUGUCUCCAAGUAAUUCUCGAUGUUAUUUUAUAAAAGAUGGUGUUGAUGAGGGUUUAAGACAAUUCUGGGAAUUAGAAUCAACUGGUGUCCUCCAAAGUGAGAGGAGGUACGAAGUUGGGUUACCAUGGAAGCGCGAUUUUAAGGAUUUAAGUGAUAAUUUAGCAGUUGCCAGGAGACUAGUACAUUUGAAUAACGACUACCGAGAGAUACUGAAUGAUUAUGAAACUCAGGGUAUCAUCGAAAAGGUUCCAAAUGACAAGGUAGAAAGUGAUAAGCCCUUGUUUUAUCUACCAUUUUCAAUGGUUUACAGAGACUCCGUCAGUUCCAAGAAACGAAUCGUUUUUGAUGCCAGUGCACAUGAACAGGGUGAACUUUCCCUGAAUGACGCUGGACUUAGCCUUAACCCUCUGAUAUUCAACAUGCUUGUCUUCUUCCGUUUGAAUGCGGUGGUCGUCUUAGCAGAUAUUGAGAAAGCGUUUUUCCAGAUAUCUUUGCAUGGAAAGGAUCGAAAUGCAGUACGAUUUCUAUUUCCAAGUAAAAACCCAGGUACAAAUGAACAUUAUGGUAUCCAGAUUUUCAGAUUUUGCCGUGUUCUGUUUGGCGUCAACGCCAGUUCUUACUUGCUGUCUGCCACCAUUAAAGAACACAUCGAAAAGUUUCGAGAGUUGCAUCCCGCGACGGUGGAAAUGCUCGAUAAAUGUCUAUAUGUCGACGAUUUUGUUGGAGCUCUCGACAACGUCUCAUCUGGUUUCAAAUGUCGUGUGAAGCCAAAAGGAUUAUGGCUGACGCAGGAAUGA